UAAAUUUAUGUCCGCGACGAUGCCUCCAAGUGAAAUUUGGAAAUACUAUAUAAAAAUAGACAAAGCGACAGCACGCUGUAAGAUUUGUGGUGUAAUAGUGAACAGUUUCGGGAACACAGUGAACUUGUGGAAUCACCAAGAAAGAAAACAUAACCUUCAACGAGAAAAUCAAAAGCGUAAACGCAGUAUAACUAUAUCAUCGACAUCCUCCAGUACUAAAAGUGAUGAAGAUCCAGAUGUUCCCAGUCCACUGAGUCCACUGGCGACAGAACAGGCAUCUAAUAAUGACAUUAUUAUUUGCUCAUCACAUUUGAAUUUAAUUCGAUUUAUUUUAAACUUAUUUUUUAUUUUCAUCGCACAGAUACAGACCAUAACAGAUUAUAAUCCUUCUCUUUUAUUUAAUACCAGUAGUACAAGUACUAGAAAUACUAGCACUGUCCUUACAAAUAAUCCUCCUCCUACAAAGACAGUUAAAUCUAACAUUCGUAACUUGACAUUGAUAGAAACUUUACAGAAGGCCAAGCCAUUUUCAGAAAGUGGACAUAUGACUAGAACAUUAAAUGAAGCUCUGAUGUUUAUGGUUAUAAAAGACCACUUACCUCUUGACUUUGUUGAAGGGCCUGGAUUCAAAUACUUUUCAAAGAAAGCAAUACCUCUUUAUAAAGUACCAAGCAGGAGGACUUUUACAAGACUACUUGAUGCCAAAUACGAUAUUCUUAGUGCCCGUAUGCAGGAUAUAUUUACUAAAGUUCAACGGUUUAAUCUGACUGCCGACAUAUGGACCGAUAAGCAUACCAACAGCUAUCUUGGCGUCACGGUGCAUUUCCUAUCAGGAUGUGAAAUGAUAACAGCAACAAUUAGCGUCACACCUCUGGAUGCACCUCACGACAUCCAGUACAUCUCGAAAAUGUUAGAGAAAACGUGUCAUGAAUGGGACAUAGACAAAGACAAGAUUAAACAUAUUGUCACUGACAAUGCAGCUAACAUUGUCGCGGCAACAAAAAAUGUAUUUGGCCCUUUCAAACAUGUAGGUUGUUUUGCACAUAUGUUAAAUCUAGUGACUGAGAAAGCUAUUGAGGCAACCCCUGGCCUUAGUGAUUUGAUCAACAAAGUAAAGUCAAUAGUAACUUUCUUUAAACACAGCGUUAACGCCUCUGAUCAGCUUAAAGCGAUCCAAUUGCAAAACGGCCGUACAGAGGGCACUUUGCUUAAGUUGAUACAAUCAGUAUCCACUCGCUGGAAUUCAACAUUUGCUAUGAUUGAUCGAUUCAUUGAGUUGAGUGAUAUCGUGGGAACAUUACUUUUGAAGUAUCAAAAUGUAAACAUGCUCAGUGGAAACGAACUAUUGGAGCUGAAAGAAUUGAGUCGCGUUCUUAAACCAUUUGAUCAUGCAACAAGAGACUUGAGCUCAGAAAAAACUACUUCUAUUAGUAAGAUAAUCCCAAUGAUAAAUCUUAUGAAACAGCUUCUAGUCAACAUCGAAGUGCCUGUUGACGCGAGCGUGACUAUUGCUUUGAAGAAGCAGCUUGUGAAACAAAUAGAUAUACGUUUUGGCCAAGCUGAAAAUGUAGAAACAUUUGCGUUGGCAACCAUAUUAGACCCUCGCUUCAAGAAAAUGUACUUUCGUGAAUCCCUCGCUCAUGCCAGAGCAGUAUCCAAACUCACAGCUAAGAUUACGGAGAUGCAAAGGACAGAGGCAAAAUUGGUAGCAGAGCCGUCAACCCUAGUUAUGGCCAGUGAUGUUGAAAACCUAUGGAGUCUGCAUGACAUUAUGGUGGCUAGCACCAGCUCGCAAGAGUUGAACAAUUUUAGUGACAAUUCUGAAGAAUUAAGAUUAUAUUUAAACAGCCCUCUUGCUACUCGUGAUACGAACCCGCUCCAAGUCUGGGAGACUUUGAAAGAGAUGUAUCCUCAUCUAUAUCAGAUAGCUCGAGAUUAUCUGUCCAGAGUUGCCACUUCUGUUCCAGCAGAAAGACUAUUUUCGAAGGCCGGUUCAACGGCCACUGAACGACGGAACAGGCUUACUGGCAAGCGUCUUUCAAAGUUGCUUUUCAUGGCUUCACUGGAGGAAUCUUUUUUCUUUUAA